CCAGCUCUAGCCGCCUCGACUAUUGUCGUGGUAAUGGAUUGUGAAAAAUACGAGAGCCACCCUCGCGUUCUGACCGAAUACGGUCUACACACUUUUACCCGCAGCGAAAUGGUACCCGUUCUCAGGAAGAGCACUGGUUUCCACGGUGAAAAUCUCUUGAAAAACAUAUACUACUACCACAUGCGCAUUCUAGGGACUGCACACUUUAUCAACCACCGCUUCUGCCCCGGAAACCCCGAGAACAACCACUUUGGCUCGACGCGCUUCGCCACCAAGCUCGAGGCAACCGAGUUCCUCACUCGCUGCAUUGCGUGGCCCCUCGACCCGGAUCAGCCCAAUGGCGCAAAGUGCCCUGUUGUUUUCCUCGGCCACGCAGUCAAGAACGAACUGGAAAUGCUGCAGCAAGACCUCGACAUCGAUCCCUCCGCCAUGAGCAAUGUCGUCGCCGUCAUCGAUACGCAGAAUAUCGCGAAUGAGCAGGGCUAUCGCGGUAGGGGGGAUAGGAUUGGGCUUGAAGUGCUGACGAAGCAGUGUAGCAUGCAGUUUCGUGAUGCGCACACCGCGGGAAACGAUGCGGCGUACACAAUCAUCGCAGCGGUGCAAAUGGUCAUGAAAAAUAGGCUUCCACGCCCGGGCCAUGGGAGGCGCUCGCUACAGGACGUGGUGGAUGACCUGGAGAAGUACAGCAGCAGUAUCGACCCGGGUCUAGGUAUUGCCAACCACAACACAGUACUGAGACCUCUCUUUAUAUCCACCCACCCGCACCCGCACGCGCUUCACGCUGCC